AAUUAUAUAAUCAUUUUCAAAAAGUUCGCAAUGUGGAUAAAUCGGAGAUCAAGAAAUUAUUCCGCGAGAGGCUCUUAAAGUUACUACAAUUUCGUGGAUCUCAAUGGGAAGGUCUCGGUAUUAUGUCUUUAAACAAUCUCCUUCAGGAACCAAAUCUCUUGUGGCAACCUGAUGAUCUUAUAAAAAUUCUCGAAUCAGUGGCGUCUUCGGAUCAAUUACCGUUGUUGCAAAAUUACCUCAAGAUUUUAAAAUUCGUACUGGAUCAAGCUCAAGGACUUCAGCGAAAUUUAAUUACAAAAAUUUUAUUAACAUCGUGUACUUGGCUUCCAAAAUUAACUGCAGUAUUAACCUCGAGGAGUGGCGCUUCAAAACAAGAGAAAAAUAUUGCAUUUGUUACGUUCAAAAUUUAUUCUUCUAUAUAUUCGAUGAUUCAGGAUUGGUCACAAGUUUGUGAGGAAUGGAGGAAAAUU